GUAUAUCCCAGUGGGAAGCCAUCAUGGCUGAAGUGACUAUGCGACCAACCACGCACUAAAACAUAAGCCAUUAGUACAGAAAAGCCAACUGAAACUGGCUAAAAUUUGUAUCUUUCCAUAAAUGUACAUAGCGGCAUUGGAUAAUAACUGUGGCUAAGAUGGCAACCGUAUUCGUACAAGUUGGUCAAUGUGGGAAUCAAAUAGGACAACAGUUUUGGACGCAAGUCCUGCCACUGAAGGACACUAAGGAGGGCAUGCCCUUCUUCAAUGCGAACGAGAGGCUACUUUCAGUCCAUGUAGACAGUGAACCCAAGGUACUGCGUAGGCUGGGACUCUCGCUGAAGAAAAAGAACUUGGAAGAAGGCAAUCUAAUUUCAGGAAAAAGAGGACGUGGCACAAACUGGGCGCUCGGCUACCAUGGUGUGAGGAGGACUGAAGGCUGUGUGUUGUUGGAUCAGACAGUGGAGGCUGUGAGGAGGGAGGUGGAACAGUGCGACUGUUUCUCUGGGAUUGUUGUCAUGCACAGUCUCAGUGGAGGGACAGGAUCAGGACUAGGAGCCCAUGUUAUUGAGGACCUAAAAGAUCACUUCCCCAUCCCGUACCUCAUGUCCGUGGCUGUGGCCCCCCAUGCUGGCGGUGAGAGCCCCCUCCAGCACUACAACUGUCUGCUGUGUCUGUCCUGGGUACAGCAGUACACCGAUGCUGUCCUGCUGUUCAACAAUGAUGACGUGCUGUACCAGCUACAGCAUCAGCACAGCAGCAGCAAGUCACAGAUUUCCAUACCUGAGAUGAACCAGUACAUUUCUGACUGUCUAGCAGGUUUGUUCCUGCCCACAGACAGUAUCACCCCCCCAGCAGGAGUCCCCCUGGGUAUGGAACCAUGGGAGCUGCUCAGGUCUGUCUGUCCCAUACCGGCCACCAAGUUUGCACAGGUGAGUCACCACAUGGGUAGCAGACUGGGCUGGGACGCCAUCGCCGCUCACUCCAUCCAGAUGUACAAGAAACAGCAUUCCCACCGGGACCGGGCGCUGUCCGCUGUCGUGGUGGCACGCGGGGAUAGCAAGGACGAUUUCCGCAGGUACAGGCCUGGCGUGGAGAGGAAGGUUCGGGCAGGGUGUAACUGUGUGGACUGGAACCCCUUCCCUGUCGACUUCUGGACUGGUAAAGAUUCCUUGGCGGGUCAUACCGAGAAGAAGUCACUGACCAUGUGCACAAAUAACUCAGGCAUCACCAGGUACCUGGAACAUGUGCUGACCAAAGCACGACAGAAGUAUGAUGCCAAGGCCUUCCUACACUGGUACUGGAAAUAUGGCUGCACUGAACAAGACUUCACCACAGCUUUUGACACUGUUGAGAAAAUAGUUGAAGACUAUAGAGAGGCUGUUAGAUGAUAGUAUGAUGACUAUAGUCUGUAGAAAACAUUUUGUGUCUGUAAAUAAUAUAAA